UGAGCUUGCAGGAAUCCAAGUCUUUUGGAAGCAUGCAGUUGUGCUGUGAAUCCAUAAAUGCUUCCUGCAUAAAGAGCAGCUGGUCAAUUCAUGUCCGGGUCUCCAUGUAUGUCUUCAUGGUGUGUGUGAUCCUUGCUACCAUAGCUGGCAAUCUAACUGUUAUCAUCUCAAUAUCACACUUCAAGCAGCUUCACACCCCUACCAAUUUCCUCAUCCUCUCAAUGGCCACUGUGGACUUUCUCCUGGGAUGUUUUGUCAUGCCUUACAGUAUGGUGAGAUCAGUUGAGAACUGUUGGUAUUUCGGAGACUUCUUCUGCAAACUCCACACCAGUCUGGACAUUAUGCUAAGUACAGCUUCUAUCUUCCAUUUAUCUUUUAUCUCUAUUGACCGCUACUAUGCUGUCUGUGAUCCACUAAGAUACAAAUCAAAAAUAAAUACUUCUGUUAUAUUAAUCAUGAUCUCGGUAAGUUGGACAUUCCCUGUAAUGUUUGGCUUUGGGAUGGUCUUUCUGGAGCUAAACAUGAUAGGAGCAGAAGAGAAAUUCUCCAAAUUCAUCUAUUGUGUGGGAGGCUGCUUUGUCUUCUUCAAUGAAACUUCUGGCGUCAUAGCCUCCAUGGUUUCCUUUUAUAUCCCUGGAUUUGUCAUGUUGUGUGUCUACGGAAAGAUAUAUAUUGUAGCUCAAAGACAGGCCAGAUCCAUCCGGGAUACUAUGAGCCAAAUGCAAAUAAGAUUUAAAGUGAGGCAUCAUAUUUCAGUCAACAGAGAAAGAAAAGCAGCCAAGACUUUAGGUACAGUGAUGGGUGUUUUCCUCAUCUGCUGGUUCCCAUUCUUUUUCUGCACAGCUACUGAUCCCUUUAUGAAUUAUACAACACCCCCUGUUCUCAUUGAUGCAAUGGUUUGGUUUGGCUACUUGAAUUCGACGUUUAACCCAAUUGUUUAUGCAUUUUUUUACCUGUGGUUCCGAAGAGCUCUGAAGAUGAUUUUAUUGGGAAAGGUUUUUCAGCAGGAUUCAUCCGUAUCACAGCUGUUUGUGGAGUGAAUUUUGACUCUUCUUUCCUCAGUAUUUUGUUGGAGACCACUCUAAUCAACAUGGAAGGUGAAAGUGAAAUAACACUAAAGUGAUAUCACUUUAAAGAUGAUCAGAGAAAAGGUCGCAACAUUGUUACAAUGACUUUGGUUUUUCAGAAGGAACUUCAGCUUGUUAAAU